CACCACAGAAAGAGGUUCUGCUUUCAGGAAGUUGCAGCAGAAACAAUUAUGUGGCUAACGUUGUCGUUGUCUAAAUACGUAUUGUGAUGGAUUAACUCAAUUAUUUACUUCGUGGGCAAGGCAUGAACAUUCACACAUUUUAAAAUAUGGCUAAUAUGGCAAGGACCGGAGACAUUAUCAAUUUAAACGUUGGAGGAAAAAGGUUCAGCACCUCCAAACAGACAUUGACAUGGGUCCCAGACUCCUUUUUCUCAAGUCUUCUAAGUGGGAGGAUCUCAACCUUGAAGGAUGAAACUGGAGCGAUCUUCAUAGAUCGGGACCCAUCUCUCUUUACUCCCAUACUGAACUUCCUGCGCACCAAAGAGUUGUUUCCCAGGUCCAUAAAUGUGCACCUGCUCAUGCAUGAAGCUGAGUUCUAUGGAAUCACUCCGUUGGUGCGUAAGCUGCAGCUUUGUGACGAGCUGGACCGAUCCUCCUGUGGAAACGUGCUCUUCAAUGGCUAUCUCCCACCUCCAGUGUACCCGGCGAAGCGGCGGAACCGUCAUAGUGUGGCGGGGCCUCAGUAUAUGGGUGGGCGUGCCCUGCCCAUGGAGAGAGCUCCAGUGAGACGCAGCAACACUAUGCCACCCAACCUAGGCAACGCGGGCAUACUGGGUAAAGCAACGAUGGAGGAGAGGAUAAGUGGUGCUCAGCUUGCAGACCCAGGCAUGGUCCGCAUCAUCUGUGGCCACCACAACUGGAUCGCUGUGGCUUAUGCCCAGUUUGUUGUUUGCUACCGAGUGAAGGAGUCUACGGGCUGGCAGCAGGUGUUCACCAGUCCCCGUCUGGACUGGGUGAUUGACAGGGUGGCGCUCAACGCCAAGGUGAUGGGCGGCUCUCUGGGAGACAACGACAAGAUGGUGGCCGUGGCCUCGGGCACAGAGAUCAUCCUCUGGACUAUCUGUCCCGACGGCAAUGGCAACGAGAUAGGUGUGUUCAGUCUGAAUGUCCCCGUAGAGGCUCUCUUCUUCGUGGCGAACCAGCUGAUUGCCACCAGCCACACAGGGAAAGUGGGAGUAUGGAAUGCUGUGACCAAACAUUGGCAGAAUCAAGAUGUGGUUCCCAUUAAUAGCUAUGAUACUGCCGGUUCCUUCCUGAUUCUAGGUUGUAACAAUGGGUCCAUAUAUUAUAUAGAUGUUCAGAAGUUUCCAUUGAGGAUGAAGGACAAUGACCUCCUAGUGACAGAGUUGUACCGUGACCCCACGGAGGACGCCAUCACUGCUCUCAGUGUCUACCUCACGCCCAAAACAAUCCCCAAUGUGUCGUCAGGCGACAGCGGCAACUGGAUCGAGAUCGCCUACGGGACCAGCUCGGGCACGGUGCGGGUCAUAGUGCAGCACCCAGAGACCGUGGGCUCUGGGCCCCAGCUCUUCCAGACCUUCUCAGUCCACCGCAGCCCCGUCACCAAGAUCAUGCUCUCUGAGAAACACCUCAUAUCAGUGUGUGCAGACAACAACCACGUGCGGACCUGGACGGUGACUCGCUUCAGGGGCAUGAUCUCCACCCAGCCAGGCUCCACCCCCCUCACCUCCUUCAAGAUCCUCUCCCUGGAGGACAUCGACGGCCACGGGGGCUGUGCUGCCGGCACUGAGAUAGGUCCGUAUGGCGAGAGAGACGACCAGCAGGUAUUUAUCCAGAGGGUCGUCCCUGACACAGACAAACUCUACGUGCGCCUCUCGUCCAAUGGGAAGAGGGUGUGUGAGGUGCGCUCUGUGGACGGCACCUCCAUCACCUCCUUCAUGGUGCACGAGUGCGAGGGGUCCAGCCGCAUCGGCUCACGUCCCCGCCGCUACCUCUUCAGUGGCCACGCCAACGGUAGCAUCCAGAUGUGGGACCUGACCACCGCCAUGGAGAUCGCAGGGAAAGUGGACAUCAGGGCGCUGGGCGGCCCUACAGAGGAGGAGCUCCUGGAGCUGUUAGACCAGUGUGACCUGGCUCUGACCCGUACGCCGGACAUGAGUCCCGCUGCCUCCUUCACCCACUCCUCCUCCACCCCCCGAGCCUCCACCUCCAGUUUGCAGUCCCAGCUGAGUGAGAGCUCCAGGGAGCGCGGGGCCAGAGGAGGUGUGAGCAGCUUGGGUCCCUUCUCUGGUAGCCUGCCCCGUCAGGCCCCUCCGGUGCCCCUCACCAAACCCCGGGAUAUGAAUCUCUCCAUGGUGGGGUUGGGCCUCCAGCCCCACCACCUGGGUCUGAGCCAGGCUUCCCUCAGCAGCAGCGGCAGCCCCCGGCCCGGCCGCACCGCCCUCCAGGACAGAGACCGGGACGGUGGCAUGGGGUCUCUGCGCAGAGGCAGCUUCGUGGAACGUUGUCAGGAGCUUGCCAAGGUCUCGGACUCUGCAGGAGGGGCUGAGGGGGGCACGCGGCGCAGCCUGGCCGUAUGCUCAGAGUUGGAGGCUAGACUGGGCCUACGGACCCCCGCCUCUUUCUCCAUCACCCCUGCAGCCUCUCCCGCCUCAUCUUUAUCUUCAUCACUGCGCCGGCCACAUCCCACCUCACCCAGCCCUGCCCCUGCUACAAUUGUCAGUCCAACCCGCUCCCAGACCAUGGUGUCGCCUCAUCGAGCUGACACCUCCCCUACUACAGAAGCCCCGCCCCCUGAGGCUGCAGCAGCCACUCCAGAGAGCUCCUCCCCUGUGCCCCCCACCAGUCCUAAACCCCCUAUGAAUGAGACCAGCUUCUGACUGGCUCUGUGAUGUAUGAGUGAGUGGACUAACAGGAUGCUUUUUUGUGUUCCUGAGCACGUGUGGUUUAGUGACGGCACAUAUUGUCAUAUUUAUGGACUUUUCCUUGUUUAGCAUCAAGGAUACAUAUCAAAUGUCAUUCCUCUGUUUUCAAAAGGGCCAGCUGUGAUGUAGGCAAGAUUCAUAUACAAUAUAUCCAUAUGGUCAAUGUAUUGGUGAUACAAAUUAUAACUCCAGCCAUGUAUGAAUGUGUUCUGUUGCAUUUGGUAGAGCAGUGCAUUUUAUUCAAUUACGCUGAACAAAAAUAUAAAUUAGGCCCUAAUCUAUAGAUUUUACAUGACUGGGAAUACAGAUAUGCAUCGGUUGGUUACAGAUACCUUAAAAGAAAGGUAGGGUUGUGGAUCAGAAAACCAGUCAGUAUCAGGUGUGAUCAACAUUUUCCUUGUGCAGCACAACACAUCUUCUUCGCAUAGUUGAUCAGGCUGUUGAUUGUGGCCUGUGGAAUGUUGUCCCACUCGUCUUCAAUGGCUGAACGAAGUUGCUGCAUAUUGGUAGGAACUGGAACACGCUGUCGUACACAUCGAUCCAGAGCAUCCCAAACAUGCUCAAUGAGUGACAUGUCUGGUGAGUAUGCAGACCAUGAAAGAACUGGGACAUUUUCAGCUUCCAGGAAUUGUGUACAGAUCCUUGCGACAUGUGGUCGUGUAUUAUCAUGCUGAAACAUGAGAUGAUGGCAGAAUAGCACGACAAUGGGCCUCAGGAUCUCGUCACUGUAUCUUUGUGCAUCAGUGUAGGCUGGUGGGAGGAAGAUGGGCUCAUUGUAAUGGCUGGAAUGGAAUAAAUGGAAUGGUAUCAAACAUCAAAUAUAUGGAAACCAUAUGUUUGACUCAUUUCUAUUCAUUCCAUUUGAGCCAUUACAAUGAGUCUGUCCUCCUAUAGCUCUUCCCACUGUGCAUUCAAAUUGCCAUCGAUAAAAUGCAGUUGUGUUUGUUGUCUGUAGCUUAUGCCUGCCCAUACCAUAACCCCACCCCCACCAUGGGGCACUCUGUUCACAACGUGGACAUCGGCAAACCACUCGCCCACACGACACCAUAUAUGCUGUCUGCCAUCUGCCCAAUACAGUUGAGACCGUGAUUAAUCUGUGAAGAGCACACUUCUCCAUAGUGCCAGUGGUCAUCAAAGGUGAGCAUUUUCUCACUGAAGUCGGUUACGAUGCCAAACUGCAAUCGGGUCAAGACCUUGGUGAGGAUGAUGAGCACGCAGAUGAGCUUCCAUGAGACGGUUUCUGAUAGUUUAUGCGGAAAUGUAAUUAUUUGGUUGGGAAAACCAUAAGCCGCCUCCAACGUCGUUUCAGAGAAUUUGGCAGUACGUCCAACUGGCCUCACAACGUGUAACCAUGCCAGCCCAUGCCUCCACAUCUGGCUCCUUCAACUGCGGGAUUGUCUGGGACCAGCCACCCGGACUGCUGAUGAACCUCUGCGUUUGCACAACCAAAUAAUAAAAUUUCCGCACAAACUGUCAACCGUCUCAGGGAAGCUCAUCUGCGUGCUCGUCGUCCUCAACAGGAUCUUGACCUGACUGGAGUUCGGCAUUGUAACCGACUUCAUUGGGAAAAUGCUCACCUAUGGUAGAGAAAUGAGCAUUCAAUUCUCUGGUGGACAUUCCUGCUGUCAGCAUGCCAAUUGCACGCUCCAUUAAAAUUUGAGACAUCUGUGGCAUUGUGUUGUGUGACACAUCUGCACAUUUUAAAGUGGCCUUUUAUUGACCCCAGCACAAGGUGCACCUGUGUAAUGAUCAUGCUGUUUAAUCAGACAGAUACACCUGUCAGAUGGAAGGAUUGUCAUGGUUAUUUGAAUUAAAAGGGAAUUUUUCAACCUCAUUCUUCAUCUUCAGCACCAAACCAGUGUCUACGUAUGUGAAAACGUGUCAUUUCUAUUAUCUGUGGUUAAAAAUAUUUAAAAAAUGUUUCUCUGACAUCAGUGUAGGAUUAAUGGAAAAAAAGUGAUUUUCAAAACCUGCAAUGAGUCUUUAGGCCAAGGGAGAGUAUAUUCUUGCUCCCCACUGUGAACCUCAUAGUGUUCGAAAAUCACUGUUUUUAAAAUGUUUAAACUUUUACUGAUUUGGUUGAAAAGUGGUGAAGUUGCCCUUUAAGAGAAAUGUAAAGACAUGUAAUAGUCUUUACCCAACACUGGGUUCCACCAUCAUGGGCUUGCAGGCUGUAGUGAUGUAUAGGCCUACACCUCCUAAACUUUUCUGAUAUCCUCUACAGAUUUCUCUUUGUCUUCCUGUUUUGCAUACUGUUGGCUUUCUGUACCUUAAAAUGAAUCGUCAAGCCUACUGUACACGCAGUAUCAAUGUGGUGAUGAUUGUUGAAGAGGAAACCGAUGGAGAACUCUAUAGAUCAAUGAAAGACCUUUUAUCGUUCAUGUUUAGUUACAUCUGACUAACUUACUGCCAUUUUGGAUCAUUCUUUUUCAAGUCGUCUUCCAGAUCACGAACCAGUGCCUCACGUACCUGUGUUUUAUAUCUUCUCCAAUGGGUUAUGAAUUGUACGAAACCAAAGGUAGUCAUUUAACCCAAUAUCCUAUGUUGUUUUUGUACAUUUUAUUUAGAUCCUAUUUUCUGACUAUAUUAAAAAAAAACAUAUUGAAUGGAAAUGUAACAUUGAAUGUUUUAUGUCUCUGUACAAAGUACAUCUGUCUGUCCAUUAACUAACAAUAAUUUUGGCAACAGUGGGAUUGCUUUAUCAGUAGCAAAAUGUUACCCGAGGAUGCUGAGUGCAUUUCAUAUACAGUACCCUCCAGUUAAGUCACAUUUCUAUCUUUUAUGACUACUUUUCUAAUCUGGUCUUCAUUAAUUGAAUAAAACGAAUUACAGUGAGCCUACUUUUUGGUUCAACAUGAAA